AAUGCGGAAGUUUGACCAUGAGCUUCUGAAGCUGCUGCUGUUUCUCUGAAAGAAGAUCGAGCUUCACCCCAGAACCCCACUUCCUUCCUCUGUCCAAUAUCUAGUAUUUGAAGAUCUGAAGAUGGAAGUCUCAAUGAACAGAUGAAGGCCUUAUGCCUGAAACGUUGACUCUCCUGCUUCUCAUGCUGCUUGACCCACAGUGCUUUUACAGCGCAACACUUUUCGACACUGACUCUCCCGCGUCUGCAGUCCUUAUUUUCAUGUCAAUAUCGGACAGUCUCUCAAUUGAUCAGGACAGCCACAAUUUUUGACUAUAAUUCUGUGAGAAGUAGCAAACCUUUUUGGUUCCUAUUUCAGUACAUUUUCAUUAUCAGUGGGACUGGAUGAGAGACCUUACUGUUGCUGCGCACUGAGUGUGGAGCCUGAAACUGUUAUACGGCCUGGAAAGAGGAUUCCCAGCAGUGAGGGGCAGUACAUGCGUUUGUUUGUGGCUGAAGCUUCGGACAUGGAUAAACCGUGGAAGUGUGGUAACUGUGGGAAAGGCUUCCGUACUCCGUCUGACCUGGAGAUUCAUCGGCGCAUCCACACCGGGGAGAGGCCAUUCUCCUGUCCCAAGUGUGGGAAGGGCUUUACCCAGGUCUCUUCCCUGCUUAGGCACCAGCGGAUCCACACGGGGGAGAGGCCUUUCAGUUGCCCAGAGUGUGGGAAGGCCUUCAGCAAUUCCUCCACCUUGCUGACCCACCGGCGAGUCCAAACGGGAGAAGGGCCCUUCAGUUGUCCCGAGUGCGGGAAGGCCUUCAGCUAUUCCUCCCACCUGCUUACGCACCAGCGGAUCCACACAGGGGAGAGGCCUUUCAGUUGCCCUGAGUGUGGGAAGGCCUUUAGCAAUUCCUUCACCUUGCUGACCCACCGGCGAGUCCAUACGGGAGAAAGGCCCUUCAGCUGUCCCGAGUGCGGGAAGGCCUUCAGCGAUUCCUGCCACCUGCUGAGGCACCGGCGGAUCCACACGGGAGAGACGCCCUACAGCUGCUCCGAGUGCGGGAAGGCCUUCAGCAAUUCCUCCCAUGUGUUGAUGCACCAACGGGUCCACACAGCCGAGAGGCCCUUCAGCUGUCCUGAGUGCGGGAAGGCCUUCAGCUAUUCCUCCGCCCUGCUAAGGCACCAGCGGGUCCACACAGGGGAGAAGCCCUUCAGCUGUCCUGAGUGUGGGAAGGGCUUCACCCGCUCUGCCAACCUCCGGAGCCACCAGCGACUUCACGUGCCAUCGCAGGGGGACUGACAAAACGACUGCCAAGUGCCGUUAUCGACUGGACUAUCAACCCAGUUCUGGGAUCUGUUGGGUUUGAAUCUCACCGUGGCAGAUGGUGGAAUUGGAAUUCGGUCAGAAUAUAACGAUGAAACCAUUUUCUGGUGUUGGGUGGGGGAGAAAACCCCAAUCUGAUUCACUCGUGCCCUUUUUAGGGAAGGAAACUGCUGUUGUGGGAAAGGAUUCACUCAGUCGUCCCAGCUGCAUCCUUUACCUGGUCUGGCCUACACGUGACUCCAGACCCACAGCAGUCUGUUUCACUCCACACUGCCCCUGUUCAUGGACCAACGGGUUAAGUCUGUACCAAGGAUCCAAUUACCAGGAAUAAAGAGUGCUGACCAAAAGUAAAGAAAGUGGGGUGGGGUGGAGGGAGGGGGGAGUGUG